AAAUGUCUCAAAAUGUCCUGCCUGAAAACUGUCUACUUUCUUAGGAUUCUCAACAUAAAUUCCCAAACCACUAUACCAUAAAUGUUAAGACCUCAAGAAGAAGCUAUAUAAAAUUCCCAUGUGAUCUCUGUAAAAUAAAAGGAAAGAAUGAGAUACCAAAAGAAAACAAUUCAAUUGCUGUUACUUUUAUUGUUUCUAUGGGUCUUACAUAGAACAUAUCAUUUCAGCACAAAGAAACUACAGAGGAUAUAUCAGUGCUGGUCUGUGAAUACUCAAACAGAAGAAUUAAAGCUAUCAGACUGGUUUUUUCCCAAUGCAUCAGGUCUCUCAAACGUGACUACCAACUGGUCAGCUCCAGUUGUGUGGCAUGGCACUUACAGUGAAGUGGCAUUGGAAAAUUAUUACACAAGCCAUAAAAUUACCGUGGGGUUGACUGUGUUUGCUGUGGGAAGAUACACUGACAGCUAUUUGUACACAUUUAUAUCAUCAGCUAAUAGAUAUUUUAUGGCUGGCCAGAAAGUCAUAAUUUAUGUCCUGAUAGAUGACUUCUCCAAGAUGCCUUGGAUAGAGCUGAAUCCCCUCCGUACAGUGAAAGUUUUUGAAAUAAAGCGAGAGAAGAGAUGGCAAGACAUCAGCAUGAUGCGCAUGAAGACCAUCAGUGAACACGUUGUAGAUCACAUCCAAUAUGAAGUUGACUUCCUCUUCUGCAUGGAUGUGGAUCAAAUCUUCAUAAGAAAAUAUGGACUGGAGACUCUGGGGGAGUCAGUAGCUCAGUUACAUGCUCAUUGGUUUAAGACAAGUCCUACAGAGUUACCUUAUGAGAGAAGUCAGUUAUCAGAAGCAUAUAUACCUAUUGGUAAGGGAGAUUUUUAUUACCAUGCUGCUGUAUUUGGUGGUACUCCCAUUCAGGUUCUCAAUAUUGCCAGGGAAUGCUUCAAAGGAAUCUUGAAGGACAAGAAAAAUAACAUCGAAGCAGUGUGGCAUGAUGAAAGUCACUUAAAUAAGUAUUUCUUUCUCCAUAAACCCACAAAAAUCUUGUCACCAGAAUACUGCUGGGAUAUGAUUGGAAUUAAUAGUGAUAUUGGCACUGUCAAACUCUGUUGGGCUGUUAAAAAUUAUAACUAUCUGAGACAAACAGGGUUAUAAUUUUAUAACCCUUCCUUUGUGUUUCUAAAUUUAAAAGCAUCAUUUUGUCUUAGCUUUAGAAAAUUAGUACUUGGCAAAUCUUAGCACUAAAAAAAGUCACUAACAGAAUAGCAAGCUCACCAAAACAGUUUAUUUAUACUUUUCCUCACAUUCUUUUUGAAUCAUAUAACAUAUAGCAGUUGCAGAAUGAAUAUAUUGACAUCAGAUGGAGAUAUAGUAUUUCAUAUUUUGUGUGAACUUUGAGGAAAUAUUAUUUUUGGAUCACAUUGGACAAAAUAGAAUCUGUCAGGAAAAAAUGAAACCUGAAAUAUUUUCA